UUUAAUUCAAAAUCCUUAUUUGUGUAUGCAAGAUCCAAAAUCUAUACAAGGCUUGUCUUUCACAAAGCUGAAACAAGAAUUAAAGUAUAAAAAAGGUUCAAAAGUAGAUACUAUGAAUUAUGCAAACCUUCGUUUGUUAAUUUUUCACUUGUGUGAGGAUUUUAAUCUUAUUUCAACUCUUGUGGAACAAACUUCUAAACUUCGAUGUUUGAUUAUGCACUUUUCAAGUCAAGAUCAUAUAGUUAAAAUCCAAAAAGGUGACAUUGAUAGGUUUUGGAAUAUUGCUAAGCACAAGGAUCUUAGUCAAAUGCGAGUACUUCACCUUGACAAUUGUGAAUUUCUUGAAACUUUUCCAAAUGAUUCAUUCAAAUCAUUACCAUUGAUAGAUCUACACUUGGAAAAUUGUAUGAAGUUAAAAGAACUGACAACGAACUUAGGUAGUAUGAUAUUCUUGGUUACCCUUCACCUUGAAAAUUGUCCCAUAUUAGAAGUAAUCCCUAAAGAAUGGACAAGUCUUAUCGCCUUGAAAGAAUUAAAAAUUAUCACUUGUAAUAGUUUGAAGACAAUAUCAAAUGGAAUUGGAAGCUUGACAUGUUUGACGAGACUAUACAUAUAUGGAUGUGAGGCUUUGGAGGAGUUUCCACAUAGACUGCCAAAUUUGGUUGCUUUGGAGGAAUUGAAUUUUUCAAAGUGUAGAAAUUUGAAGAAGUUGCCAGAAGGGUUUGGAAGCUUGAUAUGUUUGAAGAAACUAUAUAUGCAAGAAUGUGAGGCUAUAGAAGAAUUCUCAAUAGGAUUGCCAAAUUUGGUUGCUUUGGAGGAAUAUGAUAUUUCAAAGUGUAGAAAUUUGAAGAAGUUGCCAGAAGGGUUUGGAAGCUUGACAUGUUUGAAGAAACUAUAUAUGUGGGAAUGUGAGGCUAUGGAAGAGUUUCCAAGUGGAUUGCCAAAUUUGGUUGCUUUGGAGGAAUUGAAUUUUUCAAAGUGUAGAAAUUUGAAGAAGAUGCCAGAAGGAUUUGGAAGCUUGACAUGCUUAAAGAAACUAAGUAUGAAGGAAUGUGAGGCUAUGGAGGAGUUUCCAAGUGGAUUGCCAAAUUUGGUUGCUUUGGAGGAAUUGGAUAUUUCAAAGUGUAGAAAUUUGAAGAAGAUACCAGAAGGGUUUAGAAGCUUGACAUGUUUGAAGAAAUUAUAUAUGCAAGAAUGUGAGGCUAUGGAGGAGUUUCCAAGUAGAUUGCCAAAUUUGGUUACAUUGGAAAAAUUAUAUUUUUCACAAUGUAGAAAUUUGAAGAAGUUGCCAGAAGGAUUUGGAAGCUUGAGAUGUUUGAAGAAACUAUAUAUGUGGGAAUGUGAGGCUAUGGAGGAGUUUCCAAGUGGAUUGCCAAAUUUGGUUGCUUUAGAGGAAUUGAAUUUUUUAAAGUGUAGAAAUUUGAAGAAGUUACCUGAAGGGUUUGGAAGCUUGACAUGUUUGAAGAAACUAAAUAUGUGGGAAUGUGAGGCUAUGGAGGAGUUUCCAAGUGGAUUGCCAAAUUUGGUUGCUUUGGAGGAAUUGAAUUUUUCAAAGUGUAGAAAUUUGAAGAAGUUGCCUGAAGGAUUUGGAAGCUUGACAUGUUUGAAGAAACUAAAUAUGAAGGAAUGUGAGGCUUUGGAAGAGUUUCCAAGUGGAUUGCCAAAUUUGGUUGCUUUAGAGGAAUUGGAUAUUUCAAAGUGUAGAAAUUUGAAGAAGAUGCCAGAAGGAUUUGGAAGCUUGACAUACUUAAAGAAACUAAGUAUGAAGGAAUGUGAGGCUUUGGAAGAGUUUCCAAGUGGAUUGCCAAAUUUGGUUGCUUUGGAAGAAUUAGAUAUUUCAAAGUAUAAAAAUUUAAAGAAGUUGCCUGAAGGGUUUGGAAACUUGACACGUUUGAAGAAACUAUAUAUGUGGGAACAUGAGGCUAUGGAGGAGUUUCUAAGUGGAUUGCCAAAUUUGGUUGCUUUGGAAGAAUUAGAUAUUUCUAAGUGUAGAAAUUUGAAGAAGUUGCCUGAAAGGUUUGGAAGCUUGACAUGUUUGAAGAAACUAUAUAUGCGAGAAUGUGAGGCUAUGGAGGAGUUCCCAAGUGGAUUGCCAAAUUUGGUUAUAUUGGAAGAAUUAUAUUUUUCACAAUGUAGAAAUUUGAAGAAGUUGCCAGAAGGGUUUGGAAGCUUGACAUGUUUGAAGAAACUAUAAAUGUGGGAAUGUGAGGCUAUGGAGGAGUUUCUAAGUGGAUUGCCAAAUUUGGUUACAUUGGAAGAAUUAUAUUUUUCACAAUGUAGAAAUUUGAAGAAGUUGCCAGAAGGGUUUGGAAGCUUGAGAUGUUUGAAGAAACUAUAUAUGUGGGAAUGUGAGGCUAUAGAGAAGUUUCCAAGUGGAUUGCCAAAUUUGGUUGCUUUGGAAGAAUUGAAAGUUAUACAAUGUAGAAAUUUAAAAAAAAUUCCAGAAGGGUUUGAAAGCUUGAUAUGUUUGAA